GUAAACAGUCGACAACUGCUUUUCGUUAGGCUUUCGAAAUAUCAACCUCAAUGUCAAUUUUAUAGUUAGUGUUGAUUUUUGAGUCACUCUCAUUCUAAAAAGCAAUGGGAAUAAAUAAUUCUGAGAACAAAGAUUUGCUGAAGCGCAUAAAAGAGUGGAAUUCUACAAGACUGGAUUUAUUUAAAAUCUCUGAGCCUAAUAAGUAUACGCAAACGUCAAGCACAGAGUUCAAGGCAAAAGAGCGCAAUGAAUUCAGUGGUGUGGUACGUUUCUUUUUCCGUGGAGAUGAUGGAAAAUAUCAAAGCAAGUGUUUACGUAUCACUAAUACAGCUACUGCAAGACAUUUAGUCAAUGUACUCGUGGAAAAAUUUCAUCCAGAUUUACGUAUGCUUACUGCUGGGCGCUAUGCAAUAUAUGAAUAUCAUACAAAUACUGGAGAACGCCGUCUAGGUGCUGAUGAAGCACCCUUACUCGUACAAUUGGAUUGGACAACUGAAAAUCAAGAAGGACGUUUUAUUUUGCGUGAUGAAUCUAAGCCACAGACAAUACAAAGACUUGUAUGCUUGAAGAGAAAUCAAACAAAGAAUGAUACAGCCUAUCAAAACGGCUCAUUGACAAGUGGAUUUAAACAAAGGUCUAACAGUAAAAGUAUGUUGAAUGUAGAAAACCCGGAUGAGGAAAAUAAACAAAACCGUGGAUUCGUUAGACGUUGGUCAUCGGGAUCGCGGAAAAAACGGCGAAAAUCUAGUAAACAUCGUUCUGGCGACUUGGAUGAUGAAUUAGAACAAAUUCCUGAUACAACUUUCACGCGAACUUUAUCUAACCCUGAUGAGGUGUUACGUCGUCGACGGCAACAACGAGUUCACAAUCGAAAUCAAGCUAUGGAGACUGGAGAUGGUGAUAAAAGAGGCAGUUUAGUGAAAAUAUAUGGCAAUGCAUUAAAUCCAACUAUUCCAUAUAUCCUGUUACCAUUAUGUAGUAAUGAUACAGCUGAACAAAUUGUUCAGUGGACAUUAGAAAAAUACAACUUGAUGAAUCAUGUUAAUCCAAGUGAUUAUUGUUUGGUUAUGGUGAAUCUACCGUCACGAAGUAGUGAUGGUGCUGGUGUUACUGAACGUCUACCUCAUGGCAUUGAUAAGGAAAUUACCAUGCACGACAAAGAUUGCGUUCUGAAAUUCCGUGAAAUGAUUCGAUCCAACUUUGGUGUAUCUAAUGUUGUACAAAUCAGGCAUCGAUAUCUUGUAGGUAAAGAUGGAAAACGCCCACCACUACCACCCCCAGCUUAUCCACAUGCUCCCGUUCAAGAAGCUCCUGUUUCACUCCAGUUGAAUACAUCUUCAGGCAAUACCAAGGGAGGACGACAAUUCCGGCGUGAGAGUCAACCAAUAUCAGAUAUGCCAUAUUUGGUCGAAGUAAUCAAUGAAUCCGAUCAUUCAGUGCAUCCUAGAGGAUUAACGAUCGAUUUGACUGACUUAUUCAUGAGAACCUACACUUUACCUAUUAAACUUGGCACUAUGGAAAGUAUGGUUGGACCGUACCCAAAUAUAGUAGUGGAUAAGAAUGAACAUCCUGAUAUUCGACCAGUUCAUUGUACAUUUUGUGUUGUCAUAACAACCAGUCCAACUUUACCAACAACAAAUUCAUCUAAUCAUACAUCGACCCUACCCAAAUGGAAAUUACCUAAAGCUGGAUCAACUUCAGAUUUAGAAAAUUUCACAAAAUUCUCCUUACUUCUUACACCAUCAUUGGAUGGUUUUGCUAAACCACCAGGACCAGCAUUGAUACGUGUAAAUGGUACACGUGUUACAGGUCCAAUCCUUGUAAGCAGUGAUGCAAUUAUACAAUUGGGUAAAUCAUUAUGCCUGAAAUAUAUUCAACCAAUACAAAUUAAAUCGAAUCAGUUCACCAAUAGCAAUAAUGGUAGUAGUAGUAUUAACAAUAAUAAUAUGCUAAUUACAAAUGAGAACACAAUGCAAAAUACACCACACACACUAACAGGAUUAUCAUCCAGUCAUCAUCAUCAUCAGCAACUGAAUACAUUAACAAAUCGGUUAUCAGAAAAACAAAUUCUCUCAACUAACGAUCGAAAUGCUGCAUCACGACUAAAGAAAGAUUCAAAUUCAACUGUUGCACCACUGUCUAAAUCACAAUCUUCCAAAGUAAUUCAAUCCAAUCUUACUUCAUCAACAAGGAGACAAGAUUCGAAUAAUCAUGCUGCUAAUGUUACCUCUAAAUCAUCGUACAAAUCUAACAGUUAUUCAGAUCAACUACCUUUAUCUAUUGACUUAGAAAAUACCUCUGAAGUGGCGUCUGAUACUUUAAUGGAUCAAUUCAUUCAUCUGCUUGAUCGAGUCCUGCAAUGUGCUCAAUCCGAUUUGACUGGUUCUGAACAUAGAGAAUCACAACAGAAAGACGCUACUUUAAAAACUCGUUCAUUCAACUUAGCACCAGCUUAUUCUAUGUACUUGACGUAUAGGGCGUGUGUCAGAAAAUUGAAUGCAUCUAAGCAAUUUCAACCAGCUGAGCGAGAUCACUAUAUUUCACAUUUAACAAAUUACAUGGCUACCCGGAUUUAUGAGUCUGUACCAAAUUUUAAUCGAAAUUCAAACACUGACCCAUCAUUAAUACGACCUUUAACGUAUUGGCUUGGCAAUAGUAGUGAAUUGUUACAUUUCUUCAAAAAUGAUAUUGAUCUCUGUUCAAAUCGACGACAGAAAUCUGAUCAAAAGGAUGCCAUAAGUCAAUCUGAUGCAUCACUUCAACCAUCAAUUAUAUGUCGAGAUGCCCUACAUAUACUGGCAGAAACUGUGGACCAUUGCUUCUAUUAUCUACGUUCAGUGAUGAAUAGUAUACUUCAACCAUGGCUGACAUGUUUAACUUAUCCUGGAGAUUUGGAUUUACAGGACGAUAUACUUCUAGACGAUAAGCCGUUGGAUCCAACAGAAAGCUGGAAUAAACAUAAAGAACCAAUAAGUAUGCAAAUCAUUUUACAAUAUUUCACAUAUCUAAUGCAGCAAUUGAGAAAGUCACGUGUUAAUGCUGCUUUAACAUUUCAACUAUACUCACAACUAUUCCAUUUCAUUGGUGCGCAUAUAUUCAAUACAGUUCUGAUUGAUACAGAAGCCAAACCAAGAAAUGUAUUAAGUGAAGGUAAUCUUUGGUUGACAAGACUUGGUGCAUCACGAUUAACUAGACGAUUGGAUCGUAUUAAAAGAUGGGCGCAUAAACAAGGUCUUGAACUGGCAGUUGAAUGCCGCCUUCAACGGUGUACACAGGCUUGUCAGCUAAUCAUGGCCAAUCGUACAAAUUUAGAUGAAUUUUACCAACAUUGCAUAAGUUUAAUUUCAUUGAACAGUCUUCAGUUGGAAUGGUUGUUGGCGCAUUUGUCUGAUCCACCACCAGUUCCUGACGACUGGAUUGAUUUGAUUGUGACUGGAGCUAAAGAAGUGAAUGACCGUGCAUAUGCAGAUGAAAUGGAGCACUACAUCAAUACAGGACAAUCUGACUUAACAGUCUCUGAGUUACAAUUGAAUGAAUUAAAAGAAUUACCUAUCCCGCUACUACUGCCGGCGGAUGGUUAUGCUUCAGAUGCUGUCUUAACUGGUAUCCCAGACGGUCUUUUGGAUUUUCUACGUCCGCUCAUCAAAGAUGGAUUAAUUAAGGUGAAGAAGCAUUCCAUUACAAAUGGACAAUUGGAUAACCGACCGUGGACUAAUUGUAUGCGCUUAGCAAUGUAUGAAAAAGAAAAUGACGAUCGAAAUCAACACAAUGAAGCGAAAUCGACAACAUUAUCAAGAUCUAAUCGAGGUCGUCCAAGUCCCACUACUACUGAUAAGCACGACCAAUUAAAACAAGAAAAUCGACAAGGUGAAAGACAACACUUCAAUGAAAGUAAUGAUAAUGAAACAAAUUCUACUAGUAGUCUUACUAGUAGUAUUGAUAGUAGUGGGAGCAAUUUUAAAGAAUUCUCUACACAAACUGUACGCUAUCAACCAAAUAAAACUGGGACUUUACAGAAAUCGUUUAACUCAUUACUGGCGAAUAAAGAGACGAGAACACACCUUUCUCUACCGGAUUUGAGUCAUGUCAGCUUUGAACAACUGGCUAAAGAAGCCAACGUACCAAUGAAGUCAAUUACUCAAUUCUUUUUGAAAAAGUACAAUAAUAGUCUAGGGUUGAGUAUAGUUGCCGCCAAAGCUGAAGGACAACGUCUCUAUGGAAUUUAUGUUAAAGAAAUUGUGCCGAAUGGGGCUGCUGAUCGCGAUGGCCGUUUAAAAACUGGUGAUCAAAUUUUAGCCAUCGGUAAUACAAGUCUCAUCGGUUGUGCCCAGUCAGAUGCUGUGGCGAAAAUCUCUAAACAGAGUAGACCAGAUGAUGGUGUACAAUUAAUAAUUGCAAGAAAAGCAGCCCAAUAUCAUAAAAUUAUUGAGUUGAUUCGACCUGCAACAACAGCAGCAACAACAACAACUGCUACCACUGUCAGUAGUAUUAAUAACCAUGCUGGCAUUGUUAAUCAUGACAACCGACGUUUACAAUCAGCUGAAAUGCAUUUAACCACAGAAAAUCAACAUCGUGUACGUGAUAAGCCUCAUUUUAAUCGUAGUCAACCAGAUCUACGGACAGAAAAUCUCCAGAAUAUUCCUGUUGACAACAGUCAUUCAAGAAACAGAGACAGGAAGAGUAACGACAGUAAUCCUCCUCAGCGUCAUCAUCAUAAACAACAACAAAACGAACAACAAUCACAACACACUAACUAUACUAGUAAGCCAGAAAACGGCUACACUGCCCGAAAUUAUCAUCAUUAUACCGUGAACAAAUCAAGACAAUCAGAUCAAAAAAAACAACAAAUUGGUGGUUCACUCAGUCGUUCUACUCCGUCCCUGAACUUAGCUGAAGUUGGAAUAAAUGAAGAAGUUGUUGAACAAGACAAGAAUGAAAGCUAUACAGAUGAGAAUCGAAGAACAAGUCAUCGAGUAAAACGUUCAUCAAGAAAUCGGACAUAUCUUCCAGGGAAAAUUGAUAGGCCUCAGAGUGUAGGUCCAAGAUCCACAUCAGAAGUUGAUCGACAGCGUAUUCAUUCGCAGUCUACACCAAGUUCACCAUCAUCGUUGGUUACAACCACAUCAUCAUCUGAAUCAGAUAUUGUCGUGAAUGAACCAGACGAUGAUAACGAACAGUAUCGCAGUAAUUCUCGUCUUCAAAAUCAUCAUCAUCAUCGUAACUUUCAGUCUACACAUAAACAACAGGAAUUAAAUCAAGGCACUAGUAGAACGGAAACAUCAGCUGAAUCUUUACGACAGCAUAAAAAUAAAAAACUUUCCUCAUCUCCAUCACUACCAACUCAUCAUAUUCAUGCAAAGUUCCAGUCACAACCAAACAUCUCAAAAAACAUAGACGAUAUCAUUGAAAAUGCUAAUAACAAUAAUAAUAAUAAUAAUAAUAGUGAUAAUAAAAAUUCCCCAGUGAAUAGUGAUGCUGCGUAUCCAUCUUAUCGUCAUCAUGAAAAGCCUUUACCGAUGGUAGAAUCCGUUUCUAAUGAAUUUACAAGUUUGGAAUCUGUUAGUAGUCAACAAACUGUUUGCAGUUUAAAUGAAUCACAGCCAAUUACAGAUAACUAUAAUCAUAGGAUGAGGGCAAAUAGUCAUGAAACUCGACGUGUUCGCCAUCAACCGCCGCCGCCACCGCCACCACAAACAUCUCAACCGUCAAAUGCACCAUUGAACCAUGCUGCAAAAAAUGAAAUUUUAUUGACUACGAAAGAUUCUAGAAGUGAGAAAGUUACCUGGCGUGAGACAGACUUGGAUCAUUGUGAAAUACAGAAAUCUGUUGGUAAUGGUAUUGCUGCUGCUGCUACUGAUGAUGAUGUUGAGGAAUGGAGCCAACAUAAAUGUACAAUUAACGGUAAAGCUAAAUCAUCUGUAAAAAUUCAAGAAGCAGAAGAAAUCUCAAGAAACAAUUCACCGAAAUCGUUAAAAAGUGAUAAUCUCACCUCUGAUCGCAGUUCAGAUGAUCGCCUUCCUCAUUACUCACAUCCAAUUGAGAACGCCUCAUUGUUUAGAGGUAAUGAAAAAGUGACUGAAGAGAUACCAAAAAGUGCCAGUGCCACAACAGGACUGCAUAAUGAUCAACGUGUUCAAUCUGACCAGAGUGUAUCGCAUCCUAUCGUCUCGUCAUCGGGAAAUUAUCAACAAGGCAACUCUACGUCAAAAUCACUGAUGCAUGAAGACGAGCCAGCCUCAGAGGCGUUGAAGCCACCUUCUCAUGCAGUUGUUUCCAUUAAUCGAUGGACUGAAGAGUCGAAUGUAACAAUCAAUGGACCAGUACAUUUUACUGACCUUCCAAAUGUACAUAUUGAUCCCCAACGUGGUCGCAUCUCAACCAAAUCUUAUCCUAACAAUAACACAAACAAAACGCCAAACGAUCUACAUGAACACGUAUCACAUAAAUUAACAAAUAAUUACUCAAAUGACAUUAUUCUACCUUCAAAAUCGCUUGUACAUGGUCGUAUUUCUCAGUUUACAAGUGAAUAUGAAGAAUUCAACUUACCGAAAACCUCUACAACAACUCGACAAAAAUCUGUUUAUCUAUCAUCUUCAUCUUAUCAAAAUGGAACCUCAGGUACAAAAAUGUAUCCAGAGAAUAAAGGCGUCAAUGAAGCAUUCCCUAGAACGAAUCAUGCUUCCAAUCCUCGAUUAAAUCAAGAAAUGCACAAUCCACAUGCCUAUUCUAGACCUUUAAAUACUCCAUCAUUUGUCCCCUCACCGCCUCCGGUACCAACUGCAGAAUAUCCGCAAUAUCAUCCACCUGAACGGUUAGAACCAGUUCACUGGUCAUCAUACAAGCAUUGUUCAUCUUCUGAUGAACAGAAUAAGAAUGAUCAAACUACAUGUCCUUACAGUAGUGUAUCAAAUGUGUCACCUAAACCUCCGAGUUCAGUUACAUUUCAGCCCUCUACAAUCAACUCAUCACUGAAGCUGUUGGAGCAGACAACCAAUAAACCAGAUUCUGAAAACAGCUACCAGUCUUCACCGUCUCUAUACUCCAGUAAACCAACUGUACAUACCUCUUCAUCGCCAACUAGUUCAGCUGCAAAUCGAGUGAUUGCACUUCAGUCGGAAAUUGCAGAUUUAGAAGCACGACAACGUGUAGAUAAUCGAUUGGACUUAGGUCCAACACUUGAUAGACUACGUGUUGAGUUACAAUUUCAAAAACGUCUUGCAGAACGUGAGUCAAACUACAGAACAAUCUUGAAUACUUCUUCUAGUUAUAAUACUCCAGGAAUGGUAAACGAGAUGAAAACAUACAGUUUACCGGACAAAUCCAACACAUUGGAAUCUGUUCACUCACGUCCGUCUUCUGUGUCAGUCACAAGUCAACCCUAUCAACACGACUGGAUUCAUAAACGGAAUCAAGCUGAAGAAGAACUAUUGGAGAGGCAAAAUCAAAGAAUAUCUCAGCUGGAACAGGAGCACAAAGCAAUGUUAAUUCGGCAGGAAUUACGCGCAAAAGAACGUAAUCAGUGGUUUGAGCACAAACAACAACAACAACAGCAACAGCCAUCAGCACACAGCCCUUCCAAUUCAUUAUCACAACACAUAAACAAUGGUGGUGAUGAUGAUAAUGAAAUAAAAUCCUGGAAUUAUCAAACUUUAAGUCAAGUACCACUCAGGCAGAGUUCGGAUGAUAACCUUUCCCAAGCAUCCAGUGGUCUGAAUCGCUAUGGACGCCCAAGAUUUGACGAAAAACAAGAGAUGCAUAAGAUUCCACCCUAUUCAUUACAACAUCCAAUUCAAUCUCGUCUAGGUCCACAAGUCGUUGAAGGUGAAUUAAGUCGUCUUCAUGUCUCUGGACCGGGAUCAUCGAUUGAUGGUAGUAUACGUGUAAAAAAAUCUGUAUCAUUUGAUAAAAACCUGGAGACUAUAUCUGUCUACAGUCCGCCUACAACACCCCAAGACAGUCUGAUAGAACAUUCUUCUGGAAGCAGGUUACAUAUUCCUAAUAGAACAGUACAUAAUCCAGGGAUGAAAACUUCACCCAAUCCUCCUGCGCCACCGACUACUUCAUAUAAAAAAGCCUUGAGUCCACCAAUUGGCUUUGAGAUUGAUGAUAAUAGAACAAAUGUCUUAGAUAAACACAAUCAGUCGAACAGAAUAAGUUCAAACAAUAGUGUGCCCAGAUCGUCAUCUCAGGGAAAGAUUCCUACAAGCAAUAUGCCUAAUAUAACUGUCAAACCACCACCGAAUGCAGAGCUGCUACCGUUCAAAGAGAAAAUGCGUUUAUUCGCUCAACAAAUUGGAGAAGAUCCACCCAAAGAACGCAUUAAAGCUUCUAGUCGUCAAAGAGAAUUACAAAAUGUAAUCUGAAUAUUUUAAAAUUGAUUACACUGAUGAUAAUCACUAUCACAUUUAGUCCGAUUAACAAUGCUAUAUUGUGAUGCCUACUAUUUUAUUCUUCUAACUAAUUGAUGCUACUUGUUUUACUACUAUUACUGAUGACGAUGAUGGCAUAUUGUUAAAUUUGAUUCUAUAUUGACGGAAAAUCUUGUAUAAUUUAUAUAGGCUCUGUGAAAAUGUUUUGGUUUCAGCAUCUCUUUUUAUGGUUUAAAUCACUUUUCAUAUUCCUAUUGCCUUCCAAUUUUCUGCUAACUUUUUAGUGAUGAAUAAAAACUGAGUGUAACUAUUUAUUUGAUUG